AUGUUCAUCGCACGCUCAGAAUAUGACCGUGGAAUCAACACCUUCUCUCCCGAAGGUCGUUUGUUCCAGGUCGAAUACUCUCUCGAAGCUAUCAAGCUAGGCUCCACGGCGAUCGGAGUCGCAACAUCCGAGGGUGUAAUUCUUGGUGUUGAGAAGCGUGUCACAUCUACUCUCCUCGAGGCAUCUUCCGUGGAGAAGAUUGUUGAAAUUGAUCAGCACAUUGGCUGCGCCAUGUCCGGUCUGCAGGCCGAUGCUCGAAACCUGGUUGAACAUGCUCGUGUCGAGUGCCAGAACCACGCUUUCCACUAUGCUGAGCCCCUGCGGGUGGAGAGCACCACGCAAGCAAUUUGUGAUUUGGCUCUGCGAUUCGGUGAGAGCGGCGACGACGAAGAGAGUGUCAUGAGCAGACCGUUUGGUGUUGCGCUCUUAAUUGCUGGUUACGAUGAGGAUGGGCCUCAACUAUACCACGCUGAACCCUCCGGUACAUUCUAUCGGUAUGACGCUAAAGCCAUCGGCUCGGGAAGCGAAGGUGCUCAGGCGGAGCUGCAGAACGAAUACCACCGGUCUCUCACCCUAUCAGAGGCCGAGACAUUGGUGCUCAAGACGCUGAAGCAGGUCAUGGAGGAGAAGCUCGAUUCCAAGAACGUCCAGCUGGCUAGCGUGACUAAGGAAAAGGGCUUCCGCAUCUACAACGACGAGGAGAUGGGCAACGCUGUCGCACAGCUGGGCGGCAACCAAUAA